ACCGGAGAGAUCCCAUCAUCCCGCAUUCCGUGCGCUAGUGUGGAGCGGUUCUGUUGAGUUUUUUCCCGGUCGGCGCCCCCCAGUCGUCAGUGCUGCGGCGGCGGAAAAACUUGCGGGAUUCGAUUCGAUUCGCACGAACCACACUGUGUUUUCUGCGUGGAAAGUGUAGUGUGCCCGUGCGUUGUGACACUGCUGUGGUCUGUGGUGCAUCAAAGAUCAGCGUCCAGCGCGUCCAGAGCGUUCAAGCCUGUGUGCGAUUUAGUGACACGAUCGUGUGAUCAACGACGGCAAAAGAAGCAAAGAAAAAGAGAGAGAGAGGGAGAGAGAGCUCGAAAGUUUGGAAGCAAAAAAAGAAGCUCUGUGUGUGUGUGUUUGUGUGGGAGAGAAAUGUUCGGCACCGAUCCUCACGGGAUCGUGAUUUUUUGCGCCCUCGUGCAGUGGUGUCGACGGUUUGGCGAAUGAUAUUUCUGUAAAGUGGUGUGGCUUUUUGUUGUUGUUGUUAUUGCCCACGAAAGAGUGAUACGCAAGCAAGCAAAGAAGAAAGCAUAGAAUUUAACGCCACGACGUGUGUUAGUGCUGUUAUUGUUGCUACCCCUGGGGGAGGGCGGCUUCCCUUCCCCGACAUUUCGGUUGCAUUCGGCAUGUGACCGCCUCUCGUCCGUGCAGAUCGAGAUCGCGCGAGUUCAAUUCUCUGCCCUGAGGCAGAUUGUGCGUGUGUGUGAUUCUGUGGGUUUUUUUUUCAUUCCGUUCGGUUUAUGGUUCGCGCUUCGCCGUCGUCUACAAAUGCGUGUGUCACCACACCCGAGAAUGAAACGUGUCGUUCUACGUUUCAGCCUGCCAGCUCUGAUGUUCAUCGGUCCUGCUAAGAGUGCUAAGUGAAACGCAUCGCGCUACAUUCUGAACAACCACGCGGGGCCAUUCGUGUGCAGUGACGGCCCUCAGAGAGAGAAAGAGCGAUAAAGAAACAGGGUAAAAGUGCACCGAAACGAACCCCGGCCAAAGUAAAAGCCGGAAGGGCGCGCUCCGUGUGCGACCAGUGCCUAGCGAACGUGAAAACAAUUGUGUCAACAACCGGCGGCUUCAAAUUGAGAUGCAAAUGAGCUUUGCUGGGGCUUUAACCGGCUCGCGAUUGCGGAACUGAUUUACCGAAUUGCAUAAUUUCCACAGAAAACGUACAACCCUUCUCAGUGAGUGUGUGAUGUGAAUAAAUAUUAUAAAUCAAUUAUAAAUCAACAAAAUAAAAACAGAAGAAAAGAACAUCGUGUCAGUGUCCGGCGGAUUGAUUUAAUUAUAAAAAGUGAUUCAUAAAACGCUCUGCAUCAUAAGAGCACCAAUACCAAGAGUUGCUCGCAGCAGUCAACAGUUUCGUGUGUCGCAGCUCCUCCUUCCAUUCAGAAUUCGUCGACCGGGAAGUAACAAACCCGCUGCAAGGAUGACUGUCGAAUGUAUUGAGGAUUUGUAUCCCACCUAAGCCCACCCCCUGUCCAGUUGGUGCGUACUACCAGCACAGGGUAAACCCACUAACUGUGCGCAAAGUGUGGAGCGACUGUGACUGUGCGAAGACGAAUGCGAUUAAAAAGUGAAGAGAAUAAUAAAACAAAACCAAAUUAGUGCGAAACGAUUUGCUGUGGGCAAAAAAAGGGCCUACAGCCCUUGACCGAACCGUUCGGUUUGCGGCACGUGCGGUUGUACCGCUCCGAAAUUGUAGUGCGUAAAGCAACGCCAACAGCAAACCUAACCUACCUCACCAGUGUUGCACACAUCAUCAACCUCCCGCCCACUCCCGAACAGACGCUAUUUGCUGGCAAAUGGAUGACGGAGAAUUUUUGGACCUGUUCAGUCAAUCCUGGAAUGGCAAAUACCACGCGGCGGCCAACCGUGCAGGCGACGAACCGGCCGGCAUCGGAGCGGCGGCGGGUGGCGGGACAGGUGCCGCCGCCGGCUACACCAACUCGGCGGCGGUGGCAGCGGCCGCCACCGCUGCCGCUACCGCCGCCGCCAUGGCCGUCGCGCCCAAGCUCACCACGCGGCUUAUGCAGCCCCAGCCCGGCUCGACGGCGGGCGGAGCGCAGGGGCUGUACGCGAGCACCAAACACUUCCUUGCGCACCUGCCCCCGAACCACAAGCAGCAGCCGAGCGCUGCGAGCGCCACGAGCGCGGCGGCAUCGACGGCCAGUGCUAGCCGACACGCGGCACCGUCACCCUUCAGUGUACCCCCGGCCGGUGCGCAAACGACUGAUUUACGUGAUACAAACCUAGGGCCUUUAAGAAAUACCACUAGCAGUAGUACCAGCAGCAACACAACCAACACCAGCACCAGUGCGGCAAACAACAGCAGCAGUGGCAGCGGUGGCAGCAGUAGCAAUACCAGCAACAGUCACGCCAACGGUGCGCAGCAUCUGUUGGGCGGCGGCAGUAGCUUUGCGCGUGAGACGCGCGAAUUUCCCAAGCUGAGCCAUCGGUUGCUGCAGCCGCUAAACCACACGCUCGACCAGGGUCCGGCCCAGGGCGGGUCCGGUGGUUCCGGCCACGCGGCGAUGGUACGCCAGGAGGAACAGGACUACAACGCAUUCUGCUCAACGCUGUCGGCGGUCGCGUCGAUGGCGGCAGCCUCGCUGGCGAUGGAGGAUGAGGACCUGGCGGACAGUACGACGCCACCGCCGCAACCGUUCACCUCGGGGGGUUUGCUAGCGGCCGGGCUGGCAGGCAAUGGUACCGGCGGUGGCAGCGCCGGUGACGCGAACGGUGGCAGUGUGGAAGGUGAUCUCGGCCCGAACGGGGAACUGUUGGGUUUGAACGGUCAUCAGCAUGAGAAAAAGACUCCCAAUUCAAUUAGAGCUCAAAUAGAGAUCAUACCGUGCAAGGUGUGCGGCGACAAGUCGUCCGGGGUGCAUUACGGUGUGAUCACCUGCGAGGGCUGCAAGGGCUUCUUCCGAAGGUCGCAGAGCUCCGUCGUCAACUAUCAGUGCCCGCGUAACAAGCAGUGCGUGGUGGAUCGGGUCAACCGAAAUCGAUGCCAGUACUGUCGACUGCAAAAGUGCCUAAAGCUGGGAAUGAGUCGUGACGCUGUCAAAUUCGGACGCAUGUCCAAGAAGCAACGGGAGAAGGUCGAGGACGAGGUACGGUUUCACCGGGCUCAGAUGCGCGCACAAAAUGACGCCGCCCCGGACAGCUCCGUGUUCGACACGCAGACACCUUCCAGCAGCGAUCAGUUGCAUCACGGUUACAAUGGAAACUCUUCCCACAGCUACACAUAUUCGAACGAGGUCGGCUACAGCAGCCCGUACGGCUACUCGACCUCGGUGACGCCGCAGCAAACGAUGGGCUACGACAUCUCGGCCGACUACGUGGAUAGUACAACAACUUAUGAACCAAGAAGUACGAUGAUAGACUCAGAUUUCAUAAGUGGACACAACAAGGAUGGCUCGCCGGAACAGAACCGAGCGAUCACGCUCAACGAUAUCCGGUUGGCGCGCGUACAGCAAACGACCGCCACCACAACGACCGGUGUCGGGCAGGGCGGUAGUGAUGUGAUCGCCGACGGUGUCAAUGAUGGUGGUGGUGGUGGUCCCCGAGGUUUGACACCCCAGCAGCAACAGCAGCAGCAGCAAGCGCAUCAACCGGCACAAACGGCCACGCAUACGCUCCCACCACAGCAACACCCGCAGCCGGCUGCGGCACUGGCAAACCAUCAAACCACCGGCAACGGCAACACCACUACCAGCAAUAGUACAAUUAUCACCAUCAAGCAGGAGCAGCUUACCAACGUUGAUAGCCUUGUUGGUAGCUUUGUCGAUUCAACAACCUUCUUGCCAUCGCCACCGGCCAGCCAACAGCAGCAGCAACAUCCACACCAUCAGCACCAACAGCUGGGCAGUGCGGCACAGAUGGUGACGUCCAAUGGGGUCGGCGGUCUGGCCGGUGUACCGACGGCGACGGCCGUGGUGGCAGUGGCCGCAACCACCGUCCCAACGCCCGUCACUGGAUCAGAUGUCACUGGUAGUAGCAUUAGACGGAACGACUGCUGCCAGACUGCGGUCGCACCGGGUGGUACCGGGUCGGAUGGUAUUGCGCACUCCGCACAGGCUCACCAUCACCAUCACCAGAACACGCCGGUCUCGUUCGGCGAGGAUGACAGCUCCUGCGAUUCGCACACACGAUGGGCCGAAGGUGAUAUCAACGACGUGCUGAUAAAGACCCUUGCAGAAGCGCACGCAAACACCAACCACAAGUUAGAGAUAGUGCACGAAAUGUUCAGAAAACCACAGGAUGUUUCCCGCUUACUCUACUACAAGAACAUGACCCAGGAGGAGCUAUGGUUGGACUGUGCGGAGAAGCUAACGGCCAUGAUCCAACAGAUCAUUGAGUUCGCCAAGCUGAUACCGGGCUUCAUGCGGUUAAGUCAAGACGAUCAGAUUUUACUCCUCAAAACGGGCUCGUUCGAGCUGGCAAUCGUGCGCAUGUCUCGACUGAUGGAUCUCUCAACCAACUCCGUGCUGUACGGUGACAUUAUGCUGCCGCAGGAAGCCUUCUACACGUCCGACUCGUUCGAGAUGAAGCUGGUCGCGUGCAUAUUCGAGACGGCGAAAAGUAUUACGGAGCUGAAACUGACCGAAACGGAGCUGGCGCUCUAUCAAAGUCUGGUGCUACUGUGGCCUGAACGAAAUGGCGUACGAGGAAACACGGAAAUCCAGCGGCUGUUUAAUAUGAGCAUGUCCGCGAUCCGGCAGGAGAUUGAAGCGAACCAUGCACCGCUCAAAGGCGACGUGACGGUGCUCGAUACGUUGCUCAACAAAAUCCCCACCUUCCGUGAGCUCUCGAUCAUGCACAUGGAGGCGUUACAGAAGUUCAAACAGGAUCACCCGCAGUACGUUUUCCCGGCACUCUACAAGGAACUGUUCUCGAUCGACUCGCAGCAGGACCUGAUGACAUAACAGGAUGAUCAUGGCUACCAUCAGCCGGCACAGCAACAGCAGCAGCAGCAGCAGCAGCAGCAACACCAUCACCACCAUCAACAGCAGCAACAACAGCUACACCAUCAGCAGUCGUCGCAGACACAUUAUCAGCAGCAGUCGGCAAUCGGCACAAUAUCGCACGAUUCUGCCCAGCCACCGCUGUCGCUGCCACCGCCGCCGUAUCAACAUUCCUCGUCGGCAUCAUCAGCCUCCUCGCUAUCGUCGUGCGAUCGCCGGGAGGACACACUCGUUGCGAGCGAGCUGGACGAAGCAAUAGGACCCGCGUCGGUAACGGAUAGCAAUACGAGCAAUGGCAACAACACGUUCAUCAUCAUCAUCCAGAACGAUGGCGGCGUUGGCGAGGGACCCGUCUAGCGGCGUCAACUCUCAACUGAACUGCUCAAAACGACGGGUGGGACGCGGUUAGCUAGUAAGACGCGCUGGGGCUGGGGCGUGCCGAGGACGAACACGAGACGACAAAACACAGACAACACAAAACUGGCGGAACAAGGCCCAUGAAAUGUAGGAGAGCAAAUAGUAAGAGCAUAAAGAUAAGGAAGGGAAAUCCACUCACAGCGAAAGCAAGAGGACGGAACGCGCGAGUGUCCAGUUUGGUGAGACAAACACACAAACACACACACACGAGGAAUGCCUAGUUAUGCACCCUUAGCAAUUGUUGAUGUAAAUGAAUUUACAAGAUUUGUUAUAUUAUUUUAAUAACGCGUAAGUCGAUAAACACUGACGAUUAAGCAUAGGAAAGGAACGGGGGUUAGGAGUGCGAGGUGGCAUGGCUAGGUUGUGCCGCGUGUGGGCAGACAGGACGCCCCGGAGUGGAUGUGGAGGGGGUGGGAAAGGAAAUGUAUUUUAAAUUAUUUUCCUUUCUACUUUUUCCUUCUGCUUACUUUUUUUUACAUGGUAUAUUUGUGCCUCGAUCAUGGAUCAUAAUACUGAUCGUUUGUUUUCUAUUGUCUAUUUUUAAACAAGAUUUAUUUCUUUUAUUUUUUAACAAACACACUCACACACACACAAACGAAGUACACCCCUAUAUACAAACGAGGACUCAACCAAGCGACUGUAGACUGUAUCGUUGUCGUUCCACAAGGUGUAAGAUGUGAAGUUUAAGCACAUAGAAGGAUCGUACCGAUAGAAGAAAGUUGAGGCAAGGACACAGACACACAAACACAUACAUAGACACACACAAACAAUUUGAAAAAAAAGUGCAAUGAUCAGUCGAUCAGAAGGAGCAGGCGCUGCAGUGCGCUUUAGUAUGAUUUUGCACAACGGUACCGUGGUGCAGUUUUGGAUUAGGCUUAAGGCGUUUUGUGGCACGAUUUUUUUGUUUGUUUUGUGUCUUUUGGCCGUUUUUUUUUUCUCUGGCGGAGGGUUGUAAGCAGUUCUCUUCUCUUAUUUCUUCGUAAUCGCGGCUAACGUACAAAUAUGAUUUGUUUUACUUUUUUUGUUUGUUUUUGUUUUUUGUUUUUUUUUACGGAUGGUGAAAGACGAAGCGAUUAGUAGGGCGUUAGGAAAAUUUUGGAACCCGCGCGGAGGGUGCGUUAUUGCGCCCGCCCCGGCUCCUGUGCAACUGAAUAGUCUGAUUUCUUUAGUUAAUAUAGCCUGUCCGAAUAGAGAAUGAGAGAAACCUUUUUUUUGGUACGAAACAGAAGUAAACGCAGCGUGUGGCGUGUUUGUUAUACGCGAAGCUGUUUUUGGCCACCAAAACACGAACAGAACAGAAUCUCUUCUCUUUGUUUCUCUCUUUCGAUUAGGGUUGCUUAACGUGUAUGUGUUUUACCUUUUGUUUUUUUACUUUUCCGUUCUAUUUCUAACUGUCCUUUCCUUAGAGUAAGUGACUAAGUAUACCUUUCCUUCAUCCGGUACUUGCUGGCCGAAGUAACAUUUUGAAACACUGCGUGUGAGUGUGUGUGUGUGUGUGCGUGUGACGAAAUCAAGCAAACGAAAAAUAGAUUCCACGUUUUAGGGAAAAAAACAACCACCAAAUUCUUAGCCCAGUAAAGUCCUUGUUGGUUCAGGAUGGACGUUCCCUUUUUCGGUUCAGUAUUAGAUCGCUAACGAAAAAGGAAUCUUAUAAAAAAGAAGAAACCCACUCAAACACAAACUUCAAGCUGGUCAAAUAAUCGACCCUUUUUGGCAUCCGAAAAGAUUCGAUUGGAGACCCUGUGAAGGAUUUUUAAAUCUAUAAAUUGUUGAGGAAUUGUUUGCAUAGUUUCUUUUUUUUUUUUGGCGUAAGCAACUUUUCUACUGUUGUUUGGUUCGUUAUUUGCUAUUCUGUGUCAUAAUGUGUCACCAGUGUCGAUGUUUGUGUUGUUACUGUUGUUGUUGCGUGUAUCAGCAAGUGAGGAUAAUUUGCAAAAAAAGAACGCUUCUUGUCUUGAACCAUAGCGAGGAAAAAUAGUAGGAAAUAAAUAAAGCAGCAACAAAAUCCGACACCGGCGACUGAAAGGAUGCUAGGAGAGAAAAUUCAAAAAAAUCGUACUGAAGUUAUAUUUAUAAGGUAUUGUAGAACAAUUUUUCUCUUAGCUUACUCACAUAAACAAAACAAAACACACCCGUACACAUCUUCUAGCACACUUUAUGAUGCAUAUUUGAGAGCACAGCGCUGUUAGUGGGGUUUCAGUCGAGGCAAAAGGGCUGCUAUUAAAUCGUACACAUACAUCAAGCAGAUGCUGAGCAGAAAAAAGUAGAGGAAAAAACACUAUCAGAAAAUACAGUUGUAGAAUGUACUAAACCACCAAUACAUUGCCGUUGGCUUUAUUUGUUUCGAAAUCGGCUUCAUGUUUCUGUUUGCUACUCUACUGCAAAUUGUUUAACUGUUGUUUAAUUAUAAUCAGACGAGAAGAACAAACAAAUCGCACACUUCCAAAUGAGUAAUAGUUAAUUGAAGCGUUUUAGAGCGUUAUUUCUAACGAUUGUUUUGUUGGCACAACAAAAAUGGAGGCUGGUAAAUAGGGUGUCCUCUUUGGAUCGCAUUAUUCAGUAUGCCCCCGGUAUGCCAUUAUUAAGUAUCCUUUGACCAUGGAUAUAGACACACAAACACACAUAAGGAAAACACAUUUCUUCAACGUGUGGCUGUCGAAUGCUGAUUACAAACUUAACAAGACAUAGAUGUACCAAGGUGCAGAAUAGAUCAAAAGCAACGUAAAUCGAACUGGAGACUGUUGUUUGACACAGAACACACUCUCUCACUCCCAAACACACAAGCAAACACACACAGACACACAAACGGUAAUUACAAAAAUUCGAACCGAAAAUGAAAUGAGAACUUAUAAAUGUAUGGGUGCUUCUAUAUGAAACAAAAAAAUAUAUAUAAAUAGGUAUAUAUAUAGAGAGAGAAAGAGAGAAAGAAAGAGAAAGAAAAGGUAAAGAUAGUAACGAGCGUAAAAGGAAAGAAAACAAAUACAGAAUGAUAUACAUAUAUAUACAUCUAUAUUUAAAAAAGAAAACAAAAAAAAAACACAAAACUUAAAGCGAACGAAGAAAUAAGAGAAAGAAUAAGGAAGUUACAAAAGAAUUACAAAAAAAACUAGUAUAACAACACACAAAGAUUGACUGUGACUGACCGUUGGUAGCAAAUUGGUUAAAGUGUAAAGAUUAGCAAAAGAAUGAUGGUAAAAAGUAAAAAAAAAAGCAAACACUAGACAAAACCAUAGACACACAUACAAAACACAUACAUAGACACACCUACACGUAUAGAGAGAUAAUGAAACUGUUAUACAACCGUUUUGUGGAUAUAAAUAGAGCAAAGAGGGAGGGAAAGAUAGCGAGAGAGAGAGAGAGAGAGAGAGAGAGAGAGAGAGAGAGAGAGAGGGAAAGUUGUAUGAAUCCAACAAACUUAAGACUCUGUGGAACGAUAAUGUAAAACAAAGUAAAAAUGACUGUAGCAUACGCGGUGUACACGGAAGCUAACACACACAGUUACAGUUUUUUGAAAUCAGACUCCUUAACUCGCCUGAUCAUCUUCACUUUUUCAUGAAUGUAAUGAAUUAAUUGCCUUAAAUGAUAUAUACAACAACAAAAAAAACAUAUAUAAAUUGCAUAAAAAUAUACAAUAAAAAUAUAUUUAAAACGUGGGGGCACAACCAAGCAACCCAGGACGAGCAGAACUGUUAUCGGUAGGGGAAAAUCCAUACGUCAGAGCAGAGACAGAAAACUGAAUACAAACACACAUACACACACUCACACAAAACAAACCACAACGUACAUACAUGCAAAGCAGUAAUACAGCAAACUAGAUCAUAGCAGCAGCAGCCGCAGGACAUGAUUCCCGUUGCUGAGUAGCGGUUAGACAAAACGUUAGACAGCGGUGCAAUUCGCGCAGUUACAUUACGCGACCGUGCUGCACUGGUGGGUGUUAAGAUAAUGAUUUAGUUUUUAGUAAAGGACUCCAGUCUUUUGUUUUUGUAAGAACGGCACGAACGGCGAGCAAAUGGCACAGGCAAAACCGUGCAUUACGGCGACGACGAGACACAAAGUUAAGGAAAAACUAGACCGACAGAAACACUCAUGUACGACACGGGUACGGUAGCAGACAAAACAAACAAAGCAAACAAACAAACACGAAAGCAGAAAAGGAAGCAAAACAAAGCAAAAAAGCGCGAUGAUUAAAUGGUUAUCUAUAAUUCUAUACAUAUAGACUAUAUACAUAAUGACGUUAGUGGAAAGAAAAGGUAACAAUAGUUGUAAGCAAGAGCGCAAGAAUGAUGAGUUAAGAGAGGUUUGAAGCAGUUUGGACAAACAAGCAAACAAAACAAAACAAAACAAAAAACCACGCGGCAACGGUUUACGCGCACGGUUCAGAUGGGGAGGGCACGUUGUCCGGGUGUGACAUAGGCAUAGGCAAAGUUGAUGAACUCUAAUAUAAUUUAAAUUAAUUUAAAACGCGAUGUGAGAGAAACUUUAGAUACGAAUAAUUUUUUGACUAGUGAAAAUGGGCAGGUCGGAGUUUUGCGUUUUGCAUUUUUGUUUCGCACUUCGGAGAGAAAAAGAGAGAGAAGAAUACAACUGAAGAAGAAGAAAGUAAAUUCAGGUAUACACAGGCAAAGCAAAAAGAUCAUAGAAAACACAUUCACAAUGCGAUAAGAUGACUGAAAGCGAAGGUUUAAUAUAAAAUCAACAAAUAAACACAUACACACAUACAACAAAACAUACCGAAGAUAAUGCGAAAGAAUGCGAACGCGACUACAAGUUGAUACAUGAUAGUACAUAAACAACAACAAAAACAAAAACAAAACUCACAAUAGCAAAAUUUCGGGUAGCUCUUAAGUUCACUGAAAACAUUUAUUCUAUAAUCAUCCAGAUCAAGUUAGGAGGAAGGCGGUUAGGCAAAAAACAAGGUUAAAAUAAUAAUUAAAAAAUAAAAAAAAAACACAACACACAAAAACGUCGGAAGAAACACAUCCUUCUGUCUCUCAUUAAGAUACACAGAAGGGACACACGGUUAAUGAGAAUAUUGCAUAAAUGAUUCACUGAGCGAAUGAAGCGAAGCCUUUUUGAAAUAAACUGAUUAAUCCUUAUUAUGAAACGUUGUGUUGCGUUUUGUUUCACUGCUUAUACGGUUGUGGAUGUGGAGGUGUUUGGUAAAACGAUUGCAAAGGAGGAUGUGUGGAUCGAGUGAGGCACCGGUGCUGUGGUUUCACAUCGUAGAAGUUUCGGAAAUAAAGCAGUACUGUACGAGCAGUCUUUGACGAGUGACGAGUGAUGUGUUAUUAUUAUUUGCGAAGAUAAGUAUACAACUAUUCGGAUAAGGUUUAUUGUUUGAUUUAUUUACAGUUUAAUUUUACGCGUGAAGCUAGGCGCACUAAUUUAUGUCUAUUUUCUGACAUCAAAAAGCGAAUUGUGAGAAAAGGCAAGCGAUUGCUUUACAUCUUCGGUAAGGCAUAACAAAAGUUGUUGAACAUUUUCCCUCAAUUGUGCGGAACUACUACAGGCUGCAAUAUCUCAAUCUCAAAUAGGAGCAUAUUUCUAGCGCACAAUUUAUGCGAUCAUACCACGUACAUGUACAAUACAGGUAAUUACUUAAGAUAAACAAAAACCGAACAAACACAUUCAAAACCCCAUCAACCAAGCAGUAAGGUAAACCGUUUCAUCAGCAGCAAAGACUAUUUCUCUUCUCCAUUUUCAAGUUUGUAGAAGUUUAACAAAACAGUAAGAAACAAACAGAAACAAAUCAAUAACAAUGAAAAACAGAAGAGAAUUACCAUAACUAACAGAGAAUAAACGAGAGAGUAGUUCAAAUAAAAUAGCAGUGAACGUGAAAUUGCUCCAAUAUAAAAUAAACAAACUCAUACGUUCGUCGGUAAGAUUCGUUUUUAUGUACUUUUUUUAUUUCAGAAAUUUGUACGUUAGCAUAAGACCCCGACUCGGGAUGGAAUACUGCGAGAGGUAGAGUGAUGUUCACUAUUGGAAAACGUAAAAUUCAAAAACUGAACCAAGAACUGAUCCUUUUGGAAAACAUUUAUACUACAGCACCAGACAGUUGCAUUUUGAACCAAAACAAAA